UAGCUAGGAGCAAAAAACAUUGAAAUUCUUGUGGUCUCAGUUCUCAAAAGAGUCAAGGAAGAUGUUUUGUUGGUGACAUUCCGGCAGAUCGUCGGCAAUCGUGUCGUGUCUUUUCAUAACGGGUUGUUGUUGGGUAGAGAAGUUCACUUAUCCAGGAAAAAUGAUUUUUUUCCAAGUUUUAGCUUCGUUUUUCGUAUUAGGGGCCUUUUCUCAGGCCGAAGACAUCAAAGCCGAAGAAGGUGUUCUAGUCUUGAAUAAGGCAAACUUUGAAGAGGCUACGAAACUCCACGAAUUCCUCUUGGUAGAAUUUUAUGCUCCUUGGUGUGGACACUGCAAAGCCCUCGCUCCCGAAUAUGAAAAGGCCGCCAAAUCUUUGGUGGAAAAAGAGUUCUCAAUUAAAUUAGGUAAAGUCGAUGCCACUGAAGAGCAGGAACUGGCCGAACAGUUUUCAGUCCGUGGGUAUCCUACAUUGAAGUUCUUCAAGAACGGCAACCCUGUUGAAUACAGUGGUGGCAGACAAGCUGAUGACAUUGUCAACUGGCUCAUCAAAAAAACUGGUCCACCAGCCAGAGACUUAGCAUCUGUAGAAGAUGCCAAGACUUUCAUAGAAGAAUCAAACGUAGCCGUUAUUGGUUUCUUCAAAGACCAAUCCAGCGACUUGGCCAAAGCCUUUUUGGCUGUUGCCAGUGCAGUUGACGACAUUCCUUUCGCCAUCACAUCAAGCGACGAUGUAUUCAGCAACUACGAAGUUCAAGACGGAACUGUUCUACUUUUCAAAAAGUUCGAUGAAGGACAAGUUGUUUACGAUGGCGAAGCUUCUGAGACUGAACUUAAAAAAUUCAUCCAAUCCAACUCUUUACCCUUGUUGGUCGAAUUCAACCACGAAACCGCUCAAAAGAUCUUUGGAGGUGAAAUCAAAUCUCACUUGCUGUUGUUCUUGAACAAAGGCGAAGAAUCAUAUGAAAAAGUUACUGAAGCUGCUCGCAGUGUUGCCAAACCGUUCAGAGAACAAGUACUGUUUGUUACCAUCGAUGCAACAGAAGAAGACCACCAAAGAAUUUUGGAAUUCUUCGGCAUGAAGAAGAGCCAAGUGCCAGCCGCGAGAAUAAUCAAAUUGGAAGAGGACAUGUCCAAAUUCAAACCCGAAAGUGACGAAUUGACUGCCGAAGUUUUACAAAAGUUCGUUCAAGACUUUUUGGAUGGCAACUUGAAACAACACUUGCUCAGCCAAGAAGUACCUGAGGAUUGGGACAAGGAACCCGUCAAAGUUUUGGUAGCCGAUAACUUUGAAAGUGUGGCUCUUAAUACCGAGAAAAAUGUACUUGUUGAAUUUUAUGCUCCAUGGUGUGGACAUUGCAAGCAAUUGGUUCCUAUUUACGAUAAAGUUGCAGAACAUUUUGCAGAAGACAAAGAUGUGGUAAUCGCUAAAAUCGAUUCCACAGCCAACGAAUUGGAAACAAUCAAAAUCACAGGUUUCCCAACUUUGAAAUUCUUCAAAAAAGAAACGAACGAAGUUGUAGACUACAAUGGCCCAAGGACGUUCGAAGCUCUGGUCAAAUUCGUAGAAUCUGGCGGUGUAGAGGGAGCAGCGGCCGAAGAACCCGAAGGUCCCGAAGUAGAACUUGGAGAGAAUGCUAAAGAUGAACUAUAAAAAAAAUAUAUUUAAGGACAUUUUUACUUAAUAAAAAAAAAUAUUAAGUACCCAUUUGGGAAGUAAAUUUUGUAAAAAUAACUUUUAAAGUGGUCACUUGCAGGUUCAUUUGUCUUUUCUUUAUGUAAGUGAUGAAUGAACCUCUGCAAUGUCUCUCUCCUUCAAAGUGUGAUAGGAAGAUGUUUAAACAAAGUUGUGUUUUUUUUACUAAUUUUCGUAUAUUGAUAUUUAUUGUAGUUUUUUCAAAUUUAAAUCUCAUUUCAAACUCAGAACUUCCAUUCCUAGCUGAGGUUUGAAUUUGAUUCUUCGUAAGGAUAAGUUACAUAUUUCUAUUUUUUUUUUUGAGACUGUGAAACUAAGUAUAUUUUUUUUAUUGGUCAAUUUGAAUAGAUCUUAUUGAAAAAAAAAUUAAAUUUGUUAUUUAUGUAUUUUUUUUUUUUGAAGAUUUUAUUGCCAGCACAAAAAUAUUGUUCUAUCAACUAAAAUGUGUAUAUAAUAAAUAGGCAGAUGAAAAGUGCAAAUGUUUCCUUAUUUUUUUGGAUAUUUAUGCUGAAAAGGUCAAUAAAAAUGUGUCUAAAAUAUA